CUUCCUAUAAAAGAAAAAGAUAAAUUUAAUUUUUGUAGGAAGUGGAUUAAAAUAAUUUUGAUCAUCAGUUCAUCACUUUCCAAGUUACCAUUGUUCUCGCGUUGGAAGAGAAUUGAAAGUCUUCAUAUUCUUCUGCAAAAGUCUUGACGACGCACUGUUUCUCUCCAUCGCUCUUAUGCUGUUUUUCCUCACGUUUUUGAUCAAAUGGCCUCCAGUACCGGCGUCGGAGACGGCGGUUUCCCGACUCUGGAAUCAGUCCGGAAGAGCCUGGUCCGACAGGAGGACACCAUCGUUUUCUGCCUCAUCGAGAGAGCCAAAUUCCCGACCAAUUCGCCGCUGUACGAUGAACAGUCAUCGCCUUCUUCCCCUGCUUCCCGGGUUCCGAUGUGGUCCGGUUCCUUGUUCGAGUACAUCGUCAGAGAAACCGAAGCUCUUCAAUCGAAGGUCGGAAGAUAUAAAUCCCCAGAGGAAAAUCCCUUCUUCCCCAAUGACAUCCCAUCACCAUUAGUGCCAUCUAGAGAGCAUACACAGUUGCUGCCGCUUCUUGCGGUUGAGGGUGACGACGGUAACUAUGUGCCCACUGCUGCCGCUGACAUACAUUGCUUGCAGGCACUGUCUAGGAGGAUACAUUAUGGGAAAUUUGUUGCCGAGGUUAAGUUCAGGGAAGCUCCUCAUGAUUAUACGCCUGCUAUUAUUGCCCAGGAUAGGGAAGCUCUGAUGAAGCUUUUGACAUUUGAAGCUGUUGAAGAGAUGGUGAAGAAGAGGGUUGAGAAGAAAGGCAUGGAGUUCAGCAAAGAGGUUACCGUUAAUGGUGGCGGCGCGGUAUCAAACUGCAAGAUUGACCCGUCGUUGCUCUCUCGGCUUUAUGGAGAAUGGGUCAUCCCUCUAACCAAGCUAGUUGAAGUUGAGUACCUUUUGAGAAGGCUUGAUUGAAGACCCCCAAGGGAAACUCUCAAGUCCCAAAUGUUUUUGGGGAUAUUUGGCAAAGUCAUUGUUAGCUGUUUGUUGGUUGGGUUUACUCUUUGAAUUGGCAGUUUGCCUUGGCUGUUUAACUUGGUUGUUUAUAGAGGUUAAUCUACUUGAAUUAUUUACUCCCUCCGUCCCAAAAUAAGUUGCGUGUUAAGCAUUUACAUGGUCAAACUUUAUUAAUUUAUUUUUUCUAUUUUCCUCAUUUAAUUGAUAAAAAAAUAUAGUCAUGUCAUUUCU